AUGUCUAAUGUGGAACUAAGGAUAGAGCAAACGUUGCAAUGGUUAAAGUCUACGAAUCAGGAGGGCUUUGAUAGUUGUAUAGCGCAAUUGAGCUUGGCUGUGAAAGAGACAGCAGAGGAUCAAAACACACCAGUGAGUCUAAAUCACAUCUCAUCGAUUCUUGAAUAUGCACCACCAAAAAAGAAUGUAUAUAAAUUACGACUAUACAGAGGGCUUCUAUUGAUUGUGCGAAAUAAAGCAGUUCUGCUAAGCGAUGGCACCGUUUAUUCAAAAGUUGUGAAGAGCUUCCAAAACUUUAUUGUACUGGACAACCCAACAGGAGAAGAAGUUGAAAACGAAGAGAAAGAAGAAGAUGAAGAUUGGAAUAAAAAGGUCAUUGAAGUGUACUGGCAAACUAUGGCUAAUUUCCCACGAAAACACCAACUUUUGCAAAAACUCAAGGAACUUAAAGAGCCUGAAGAGAUGUCAGAUACGGAAGACCUCGAUGAGCUCAACAAGCUAUUCAAGACUACCAAAGUGUUUCCCAGAUCACCAGUAAUCCAUUUCUUGUUCCGCCAGUUCUUCACCGAGGAUCCCGAUGUGACAAAUGAAAAUUUACUCCAGUUGUUGAAGAUUGAGGAUAAUCAUGUAUUGGCACAACUAUACAAGUUAUAUGAAAGUAUAAACUUUGAGGAUAUCACACACGAUUCCAAAAUGUUGCUUCAUUUACUAUAUGAUGUCAUUACUCAUGAAAGUUUUGGAAAGUGGGUCAAUACAGUGCAGACUAGCACGGAAGUAAGGAGAGAGUGGUUGGAAUUAUCAUCGACAAUUUUACAGACUAGCGAUGACUGGAACAACUAUCAACUAGUAGCUCUCUUGGACUGGGUGGUCUAUAUAUUUUGUAUUGUUGGUGGCUCGCUCACCAAGGACAACCUCAACGAUUCCGAAAUUGAAUAUCAGAUUCUUCCAGCAUUGAGUAUUUUGGCCGAUUUAUCAAAGUUUAAUGCUACAGUACAGUUCCUUACCAACAUGCAGGAAUCUUUCUUACCAGUAUUGAUAAAAGUGUUUAAGCUCAUUCAUGAAAAUGUCAAACAACUUACAAUAAAGUCCAAAAUAGAGGAGGUGGUUGGGUACCCACAUGCAAAAUCAUACAUCAUCACCAUCCUUUCAUACAUGUGCUACCAGUCCUUCCCUAUUCAAGAGCAAAUAAGAGAACUAGGCGGCCUAACACUUGUGCUAUCGAAUUGUGUGAUUGACAACAAUAACCCAUUCAUCAAAGAACAAGCAAUAUUGUGUACAAAGUAUCUUUUGGACAAGAAUCCAUCGAACCAGAAAAUAGUGGCAGAAUUGGAGGCAAAGAAAGUGAUCGAUGACGAUGUAUUGCAAGAAGUUGGAUACAAGGUGGAUGUUAUUGACGGGAAUGUCACUAUAAAUAAGAAAAAUGACCAACAACAAAAAAAGAAAGAAUUAGAAAAUUAA